CUACAACCUAGGUUCCCAAAGUACCUCCUGAAUACCUCUGGGGAGGCCAAUUGUAAAUGGGGAUACGUGAAUAAAACUUAAAAUCAAUUAGCGCCUAGCGCUCUCAAUUACGAGUGCACCUGAACGCCUCACGGUGCAAUGGCGAACGAGCAGAAAGCAGGAAGGAGACCGCACACGAUGUUGUACAUUGCUGUGUGUGCAUCAUAUGAACGAAUAAACAACACGAGGAGGGUUACAUGAGACGUGAGACUGUGUUGAUGACGUCCCCAUGGCAACUGCUGUGGCGCUGACCAUGAAGACGGGCCGUUUGGACGUCGAAAGAAGUUACAGCAGAAGGCUCUGCAGCAACCUAAGCAGAAGAAAUCCAAGUCGGCUGAAUUUCUGAUGGCGAGAGAAGGAUGAGGUGGGCAUAGAAAACCCAGCUUUCGACGGAGGAGGAAGCACCGAGUAUUCCCUUCUUCCGGGCUGCCGAGAGAAAUUCGAGGUGACAGGCCAGAUAGCGCCCUUGCAGCUCACCAAAAAAAAAAAAAAAUGGAGCUGCAAGCCCCUGCCAAAGAAAGAGGAAAUGAAUGUGCGAGAAAUUACUUUGACCCGGCGUCGGCGGAGAAGACGGACCCAAGGCUGAGCAGCGGCGCGUCCGGGGUCGACGGCAAAGAUGAGCUUGAAUUAACCACAUUAAAUGCAACUGAAAAUGGGCAAAGGAGGGCUGUGUCUUUGUAUGAAGAUGACACCUUCAUCGACAUACCCGGUGCAGUGGUCGCCUCCGGGGAUGGGGAGGUGUUAGAGGUGAAGGCGGGUAAUCCAGUGCUGCUCCACAGUGGUGGUGGUGGUGGUGGUGCCUCAGGCGCCGAGCCCUCCCAGGCCAGUACCACUACCAAAACAGAAGAUGGGCCCGGUACUGGGCAUGGAGGGGAUGGAGUGAGGGGCGUAAUGAGCAGAGAAAGCGCUGUAAAAACAAAGACAACUGAGGAGGUGGUCCCCCGCCAUGCUCUGCUGCUGAGGGAGCGUGCGCGACCUGACAUGAUCACGCUUGGCAGCCUUUCACUGCAGCAGCAGGCUGCUGAGAAGACGCCGCGGAAUUGGAGUCAAUGGGCAAAGAUGAAGAGGAGACUGAUGGCGGUCUUCAGUGGGAAUGUUGUAGCCCCUCACCCACAGAGCCGUGAGGCAGCAAGAGAAGCAACUCGACGCAGACACAACACACUUCCCCGCUGCAGCAGUACCGCCGACAGCCCGUCGCACCGAGCGCUGGGGGAAGGCCAGGAAGCGAUCUCCAAAUAUGGACAGAUGACAGAGCUCUCAGAAUCCUCCUCGUCGGUGUCCCAAUCUCUUUGGCAGGUGCACCACAAUACAACUCCCCAGCCUGUGGAUGUGUGUGUGCGUUGUCUAAGGGCCACCAGAGACAAGCUUCCCAGGGGCCUCUACAGCAUCAGCGUGGCCCUUCACAGCCGUCUUGGAGGCCCAGCUCUAGCCUGGAACAACACGAAAGCGCAACAAGAAUGGAUGGUAUCCACUGACCCGGUUGAACACCAGGGCCACUCCUACGACAUUGACCUGCACAUCAACCAGAAUGUGGCCAUGAUCUUGCCUCCGACCUGCAAGCUUCUCCCCUCCAUGGUCCUGGUGUUCCAACUGAUUGCAGCACCUGGGCAGAGCAGCUACAUGAAGUCAGUGCUGGCUUGGGGAGCGUUUCCGGUUUGUGGACCAAGGCUUGGCCUGGUCCAAGGCAGGUACAAAACUCCCCUGCUUAGAGGAGAGCCCAACUGUCAAGUGGACCAGUUUCGGAAAAUCGAAGCCCUCAUGUCCUCUGAUCUGGAUCACUGGCUGUGCAACAUGUACUUUCAGAUAAAGGCACGCCCAGCUGGAGCAUCCAGGGCACCCGAGUGCUCCAUCCCCCUGCAGACACCACCUUUAAACGCUUCUGUCAUGCUCCAGCCUGUGGUCAGGCACAGCCAACCGCGAUGUCAACACGAUCCGCAGGCCAGCCAUCCUCAGUCCCAGUUGAACCCGCUCCAUGCCGGCACCGGUAGUGGAGCAGGAGAGCCCGCCGUGAUUCACUCUCCCCAGGGCUCUCCCUUUCACCUGUCAGCUGACUCCACUUGUUCUUCGUCUCUGCCAGGGAAGGGUUCUUCUCCACGAGCCAUUUGUGGCAACGCCGGAGCAAAGAGUCAUCCUCGCAGGGAGAAAGAGGAGCUUGGGCUUCACUGCAAGAAGGAGCCAAUCAAGAAGACAAAUAGCCGCGGUCCCAGCGUGAGCGGCAGGAGCAGAAGCGGCGGCGGCGGCAAACACACGAUGCACAAACUCUCUGUGGAGGAGAUGGAGGAGUACACCUUCUCCCUGCUUGGGCCGGGUCCCUCUCAGCUGUCCGAUCCAACCCACUUGGCCCUCCGCAUGCUGCCGUCCGAGCUGGGCCUACCGUUGCCCCGGCAACAACAACAUCAACAACAACAACAAAUGCUCGGUAGAUGGAUGGGCUCUGUUUGGCAGCUCGGCCUCAUUAUGCUGCUGCUGACUUUGAUGUGGUUUGUGAGGCUCUACCUGCAUUACUGCAGCCAGUGGCUCUACCUGCAGGCCAUAGCAGUUCCUGUCAACAAAUUCCAGUUCCACGCACACACGGUGGACCUCGUGUACCAGAGUUCUUUGCUCCACACCCGCGAGGAGCUGGCGAUGGUGGUGCUGGGUCCCCUGACCUUGAACGCAGUAACGUUCCUGCUGGUUCUGAUCAGAUGGGGCUGUCAACAGAUAUUUGGCUCACUCCCUUCCUUCACGUCAAAGUUUAUCAUGGCUCAGGGAGUGUGGACAGUCCUGCACCCCCUGGCAGUCCUUGCAGUGGACGCCGUCCUCGGGCGUCUCACCUACAGCCCAGACAGACCAGUAGGGGACGCCGCCAAACUUUUCUGGCACUUCCGAAGAGUGGACCAGUCGGGGGCAGCCGGGGUGAUUAUCACCGUCUUCCUUUACGCUGUCAUUUUCCUUCUGUCCAUCACCAUCGUCUGCAUUUACCUGCUCAGAUUUCACAACGACGGCCGCAUGCUGGACGUCUACCAGAGGCUCACAGCCAAGGAGGGGACUUACUUCCUACCUCAGGACCUGGAGCUGUCCAAUCAGGAGCUCAGCUACAUCGUCAAGAAGGCGGAGCAAUGGAGGGGCUUUAACGGAGAGAGACGCAAGGUGGCGGUGUAUGACUACAUCUGGACGGCAGAGGACCCUCUGGCUGGUUCCGCCACGGCCAUAGAUGACCCACGUACCUCACCCCCUCCAGAGGGAGAGACCAGCACCCACGUGGCCGUUUACACGCUCUACGUAAGCGGGCUCAAGCAACGAUACCGUCAUUUCCUGCGACAACCAGACGGGGCCAUCAUUGAGGUGAUUGGCGACCUGGACGGGUUCGACAACGUAACCAGGAUGGCGCCCAUCCCGGCUCAGGUGGCGGACCAGGAGGGAGCGGGCAUCACCCACCACCAGCUCAGGAAGCGAAAGAAGCUCUUCGGACGUGAGUGCUGUUACGGGUGCCCCCGUGUCGAGCCAGUAGGAGGAAGCAGGUGCGACUCUGGUUUAGCACGAGACCUUAACCAAUGAGAACCGAGCGGAGGACUAAGAGGUUUGACCCGAAACUGAUAACAAGUCACCUUCACGACUGCCGUUUUUGCACGUAUCCAUAUAACACAAACAAUAAUAAUACGCGACAGAGGUAAAAGAUGAAAAGUAGUUAACUCGUUAAUGCAAGUCGUUGGAGGAUGUAAAAGUUCCUCAUCUCAAAUUGAGUGCUAAAAUACCAAUAUUGGCUUGUCGUUAGGCAGGAUGAUAUCCCGGUCAGCUUGAUUUGUAUUGAAUAUGUGUCUGCGAGUCAGUGCUUAGCGGAAUGAAGUAGCUCACAAAUCAGACCGUAAUGGCCACCUACUUACGCAUAUUGCUUCAUUAAAGGUUGUGAGCUUAUUAGCAUGUG